AUGUUCCUCAGUCAGAUCGAUGAAGAUGAGGAAGAGCAUGGACUGUUCGUAGCCCCUCAUGUAGCGGACUUUUCAUCCUUAAAAGGAGGAGCCUCAAGGCAUUUGAUGGCGAAUGGAACAGAGAAGCGGUGAGUAAGAAAAUAAUUAUGAAUUAUUACUUCCAAUCAGAUUGGCUAUCAAAAUCAAGUGCAGUAACAAUGCCUUGUACAGAGUGUCGCCCGUUUAUUAUGUCUUGGAGCCGGGGGAAUCUCAGAGAAUACUAGUAAGUAUAUCUCGGUUCAAUUACCACAUGCCUACAAACCAACCUUGAAAACGCACUUUAGGUAGUACGGGACCCUGGAAAACCAGCAGUGGACAAAAUGAUAAUACUUUAUAAGGCCACAAAUUGUAAGAAUGCGUAUUCGGCCUUUCAUGGGGAUGAUGGAGAAGAGGUAAAGAAAACAAUGAUCGUUUUAGUGGCCAAAGAGCCCCCCAAACUCGCAACUUUAGAUGAGUUCUCUAUCGAUGCAUGUGCCAGUCAUCCUGAAGAACCCCCAAAUAAAUCCCGAAAUGAUACGCCCUCGCCUCCAGGCCAUCUGA